AUGUCUGAACUAAAAGACCGCUUGCUUCCUCCAAGACCUGCUUCAGCUAUGAAUCUCAGAGAUAAUGCAAUGUCUCGGUCUUCUGCUUCCGGAAGAGCUCCCCUUCUUGGGGUUGAUGUCUUGGGUUUGAAGAAGCGUGGACAAGGGCUGCGUUCGUGGAUUCGAGUUGAUACUUCUGGCAAUACUCAGGUCAUGGAGGUCGACAAGUUCACUAUGAUGCGUAGAUGUGACUUACCAGCUCGUGAUUUAAGGCUGCUUGAUCCUUUAUUCGUGUAUCCAUCAACCAUCCUUGGCCGAGAAAAGGCUAUUGUCGUGAACUUGGAACAAAUCCGCUGUAUUAUUACUGCUGAUGAAGUUCUGCUCCUGAAUUCCCUUGACAACUACGUCCUGCGGUAUGUUGUUGAGUUGCAGCAGAGACUAAAAACAAGUGGUGUAGGUGAGAUUUGGCAGCAGGAAAAUGCCCAGUUAAGUAGGAGAAGGAGUAGGAGUUUUGACAAUGGUUUUGAGAAUUCGUCCCCUGAUUAUUUGCCUUUCGAGUUUAGAGCUCUUGAAAUUGCCCUCGAAGCUGCCUGUACUUUUCUCGAUUCCCAGGCUUCAGAGUUGGAGGUUGAGGCAUACCCGUUAUUAGACGAGCUUACCUCAAAGAUCAGUACACUAAACUUGGAACGUGUACGUAGACUAAAGAGCAGGCUUGUAGCACUGACAAGAAGAGUUCAGAAGGUUCGGGAUGAGAUUGAGCAGCUAAUGGAUGAUGAUGGAGAUAUGGCAGAAAUGUAUCUAACAGAGAAGAAGACAAGAAUGGAAGGAUCUAUGUACGGUGACCAAUCCUUACUGGGUUACCGAUCAAAUGAUGGUCUAUCUGUUUCUGCACCGGUCUCUCCUGUUUCUUCUCCACCUGAUUCCCGGAGACUCGAUAAAAGCUUGAGUAUUGCGAGGAGCCGGCAUGACAGUGCUAGGAGUUCAGAAGGUGCAGAGAACAUAGAAGAGCUAGAGAUGUUGCUGGAAGCUUACUUUGUCGUCAUUGAUAGCACUCUAAACAAGUUGACAUCGUUGAAGGAGUACAUUGAUGACACUGAAGAUUUCAUCAACAUUCAAUUGGAUAAUGUGAGGAAUCAGCUAAUCCAAUUCGAAUUGCUUCUUACGACCGCAACAUUUGUUGUAGCCAUAUUUGGGGUAGUUGCUGGGAUCUUUGGCAUGAAUUUUGAGAUAGAUUUCUUCAAUCAGCCAGGUGCAUUCAGAUGGGUACUCAUAAUUACUGGAGUCUGUGGCUUUGUCAUAUUUUCGGCAUUUGUCUGGUUCUUCAAGUAUAGAAGACUCAUGCCUCUAUGA